GGUUCAGAGGGCGGCGCUCACUCGCUGCUGGAGUUGACUGGCUUUCUCUCUCUCUUUGAGCUGGUGUUCAAUAGAGUUGCGGGAGGAGAGGAGGAGGAGGAGAAGUGUACAGUGUGCUGUCAAGAGUAGGAUAGUGGCGGCUGUGCCAUGGCCGCCCAUACAUCAAAUGCACCCGGGCUUGGUUGCAAGCCCGUGGUUGUGGUCAUGGGUGUCAGCGGCUCGGGCAAGAGCACAGUUGGGAUCCGGCUGGCCGAGGCGUUGCAUGUGACCUUUGUCGACGGCGAUCACCUCCAUCCUGCUGCCAACGUGGCCAAAAUGCAAGCAGGGCAACCUCUCACAGAUGAGGACCGGAUACCCUGGCUUCAGGCAAUCAACCAACGUUUGACCGCGGCCCAUGUGGAUGGCACAGGUCUGGUGGUGGCCUGCUCGGCGCUUCGACGCGCGUACCGGGAAAUGUUGCGCACUGGGUUGGCAGAGAACUUGGUGUUUGUCUACCUCGAAGGCUCACCGGAGUUGAUUGGUUCACGCGUCAAGCAACGGGUGGGGCAUUUCAUGCCCGUCAAGCUUCUCGACUCGCAGUUUGCGACGCUUGAGCCUCCCACGGGCGAGCCUCGCGUCAUUACCUGUCCGGUCGCCACCCCUCUAGAUGCUUUGGUGGCUGAUGCGACCGCCCACCCACUCUUAGCCACCACAUGAUCAUUUGCUGCACUUGUACAACCAUCAUCGCAAGACUUCUAUUGCUCGUGUCAGAACACGUGGCACCUCCGCCCCACGCUGCGUUUUUGUUCUUUCUCCUAUUUGUGCCUGCCUUCUUGCGUUGUUCGCACCACCUUGCCGGCUGCGCCGAUGUUCAAAGGUGACGGCUGAUGUCACAAAGAGUCAGUUGAUUGUGUGACCAGC